AUGACCACCGCUGACUCGCAGCUCGACGCAUCCACAGCAUCCGCAGGCGAUCUUCCUGCACUGCAUCGCCAAGGUCGACCGGAUACUGGUAGAGUGGUGUUGCCCUUAUCUGCACCACAGACAUCGCUCAUCGAAUCACUCAGCGAUGCCCUGGCCGCUGCUGGGUCCACUGCGUCCACCUUGUUGAAGCAAAGCAAAGAGCGCGCUGCUGCGUUAGCCUCUGCUUUGAGCAAAUCGCAGCACGCAUUGAACCUGACCAGCAGCGAUCGGCAGUCCAGCCGUGCCCCUGAAGUGCAAGCAAUGUUUGAUCCAGAAGGUCAGCUGGAUGCCGAUGAGCUGCAAAGCAGUCUUGCUGCAUUGUCGGGACUGGGACAUGGUAGCCAACGCAUCACAUGGGCCAGGUGGGAGCAAUUCGCCGACCAGCACAUUCUGCUUCUCGGCUACGACACCGGCGGCUUGCAAGUCUAUGCCUUGACAGGGGAGGAGCUCGAAGAGCGAUUGAACAUUCACGGGCUGCUGCUCCCAAAUGAAGAGCCUGCAGGGGCCGUGGUGAGUGGUUGCAUCCACCAGGUUGGCUCUCGACGGUCUACGCAUGCACCUGCGAGCAUCAGACUGCUGCUCCUCUGUCAAUCGAAAGCUGGUGCGAAUCUCUGCUUGUAUGACACCGGGUCCCACGUCGUCGUGCAGGUUACCAAGCUAAGCUCGGAUCCAUCCAUCGGCGCGCUGCAAGCUGCAUCAGCACGACUUGUUAGCGGAGCCUCAUACGUCGCCGUCGGCCUGGGAAGCGUCGUGCACAUCUUGGACGCCCGAACGCUAAAGCUGGAGCGAUCGGUAUCGUCAACGGCCGAUCCCGCCCACUCCGCGGAUCUGCCUUUCGACCUCUCUGAUCGCAUCUUUGCCUUCGCAACCACCGAGCAAUCGGCUCAUCCGCCUGGAAUUUGGAGGCCUGAUGGAGCUGCCGGUCACCCUCGAACGCCAGCUCACCGCGGAGGAAGCCAGCGUGGUGCUACUUCGCAGUCGUAUCUCGGACCUCGAGAAGCCAUCCAGACAGGCGUUCAGCUGACAGAGCACGCUCGCAAGCUCGGUGGAACAGUGCUGGAUGCCGCACUCACAUGGGGCAGUGCUCGCUGGUCUGGAGCGUCAGGCUCGGCGUCUCGAAUCGACACCACGUCAUCAACUUCACCCAGACAAUCGUCCUUGACGUCUUCAGGAUCUUCACCGCGACCUUCGCAUCCCAAGCUCGCGACUUCGGAUCGUGAGCGCGAGCGCGCGACGCUGCCACGAUACAAACCGCGAACGGCGGUGAAGGUCAUCGACCUCCGCUCAGGUCGCGUGCUAGCCCACUUUACUCCUCGUCCUCAACGCUCUGCUGCGGACAUUGCUCUCCUCAGAUUCAGUCCGACUGGGCAUCAAAUUCUCACGGCAGAUCGUCGCGGUCAUGCCGCCUCCAUCUUUGAGCUUCGGCCCAGCGCACUUCAUCAGCAAGUCGCCGAUGUCUGGCAUUGUUUGUCGGUGAGUCUGCUCUUGCUUGAGUCGUCUGCCGGCAUGUCCGCUCACUCUCUUCACGCACUCGUGCAGCUCUUUCGUGGUCAUACUUCGGCAAGGAUCGUCGAUGCAAAAUGGUCAUCCAACUCUGCAUACGCGACCCUGCUGUCCGCGCGGGGCACGGCGCAUGUUUACGCUCUCACUCCCCAUCAAGAUGGGCGGCGUAAGGGGCCUCUAAGCUACCCGUUAGAGACAUUCCUCGACUGUACAGCGCGCACCGCCCGUGCGCGAAGUCUCACCAAAGCCGUUCAGCAAAGUGCAGCCGCACACGAAGACGCGAAUCUGCCUUCAGACGCAUGGUGGACGGAAAGCAUGGCGCACGCUUGCCCCACGAUGGCUCUGGUCGAACCGCUCACGCCGUCUCAUGAGAAGCUCCUUAGCUUCAUGAAUCCAGGACAAAUCACAGAUUCGAGCGCCGAAGUCUUUCAUUUGCUGAUCAUGGACCCGAGGAAUAUCGUUCUGAACGCGCAUCGCAUAAGCAUCUCGGCUCGCAAGGGUACGGAGCCCACCACUGCUGGUGAAGCACCUGGCGCAUCUGCUUUGAGCACAAUGAUGCACCGGGCUCGCUCUGCUUCAACCACUGUAGCAGGGGUCCGACUCUCGAGUGACGAACUUGGGCGCAAUACCUCCCAAGCAUCGACACGAACGCCUCGCUCAUUGUCGCAGCCCCUGCCUGUGAUGUCCGGCACUUGCGAACGUCUGGCGGCGUGGCUCGAUCUUGCAAGGAAGGACGAUUCUGACGAAGUGCGCUCGAAGCAUUUGGGACUCUUAUCGCACAAGCGCUUUGGCUCCGCUCCUAUGCUCGCCCAGGCAUACUCAACCGUCGUGGGACGAGCAGAAGUCCAUUCUUGCGAACCCAGAGCAUUGGCUCGUUCGCCCUACCUCUCCAGGCAAAUAUCAUUCAGGACGUAUGCGAUCAUGGCGCAUGACGGCCCAUCAACUCAGCCACGCUAUUCAGACUUGCAGCGGAGCAACACGCAUCGCAACGCGGUCCGCGACCAAGUGCUCGCUGAAAAUUCUUCGGACGAUCCAAUUCACGGCAUAGACUACAACCUAGCGUCUGCGAUCCAAGUCGAGCAAUUCACGAGCGGGGCAGCAGCGGCUGCUGAAGACGUGGAUUCGGCGCGUUCGCCAACCAGCCGCAUACCUGCCUUCCCUCAAGGGCAGCGAGCGCGACAGCCCUCAUGGACGAGCAGAGCCACCAGUGGAAUCGGCGCCAUUCCUAUUCGAGCUGGGGCAUUUGCUGUUGCGGGUAGUCUGGACAGAGCUCGACGUAGUCUGAUCGAUGCCCACAAUGCUAGGCGCAAAAUUAUUGCCGCUGAGGCCAAGAACUCUAGCACGCCUUCUCUCAGCUUCGAAGACGUCGACUCGGAUCUCGCUAUCUUUGCCGAUGCUGUAGCUAGAGCUCAGCGCUCCUCGCAAACGUCAACAUCUGGAGCUUCUAGAUCGUAUUCUUUCUCCUCUUCGCGUGCUGCAGGAGCAGCCGGUCCCGAGAGCGGCGAGAGCGGAGGCUCAGCAGACACUCCGCUCACAGUACAUGACGAGGAGGAUGACAGCGCAUACGAAGACGAUGGCGGCAGCGCCUGCUGGGAAGCUGCACGAGGCGCAAACGAGGACGAGGAAGGUGACACAAAUGGCUGGGACUCUUUCGCAGAUCAGGAGUUCGGCGGGAGGGGGCUGAAAAGCCCGAGUCGUCCUGCAGGAGACAAAUACACCAGCGAUUCUCGAGCACGGCACACGAACCUAGAGCCCUCUCACGACAACCGCCAAGAGAGCAGAAAAGAAGCGACUGGUGACUACAUAGGCGUCUUUGACGAAGAUCUGGCUAUAGUUGGACCCGUCGGUGCUAGUUCAAGCAGCUCGAAGAGUGUGGGAGAUGCAUCAGACUUUGGUGAAGGUAGCAUCCCUGGCUCGCUGCCCAUCGCGGCGCAGCAUUUGCAAUACACGAGACAACAGGCUGCGCGGAAGCAGGUGGCGCUAACGCAGCCAUCCUCGCUUCAGGUCCGAUCACUUGGAGCUCAGCCGGGCAGCCUGAGUGAGGACCCCGAAUCGGAUAUCGCCCUGAAGCACACUUCGCAUGCAUCACGCUCGGACCAGGACAGCACGUUGGCGCAAGGGUCAAGACUCGCGCCAGCGUCUUCCGGCGGCUCGCGCAAGACCGCCAAACGCCGCAUGAAACCAGCUUCGUACGAGUAG